UGUUGUCGGUACUGUAAAUUAGUGAUGGACUAAUGAAGCUUCAUGAAGCAUUUGUGGUAGUCUUGGCCAGUGCAAUGGAAAUGUAUUCCAUUUAUUUCAUUCCCACUCCAUCUUAAAACCACAAGUGCCUUCUAGAGGAGUCAGAAAAUGUCUCAAGUGCGUCAAUCAGACUUAUUUGUCCAUCACUACUGUUUAUUUACUUCGGUGAUUAAAAAGAGUACCCAAGUGCCAGUCAGCCAAGAGAUGGAGCUGUUACACCACCGAUCAUCUCCAAAGUUGAUCCCUUGAAAAGUUAAAAUCCUUCAUAACAAAUCCUAGCCUUGGGUUGGCAAUACUAUUUAUAUAUAAAUUAAACGGGACGGGCAAGAACACAAAGAGGUCUUGAUUCAGAGCAAACCAGGCUAAAGAUCAAUAGCAGCAGCUGUUGUUGUUGUGGCUGUUGUCAAGCAGGCCAUCGCAUUACACUAAUGAAUCAAAUUCAUCAGGAAGAAAGGCCUGGGAAGAUGCGCACCACCAUGAUCAGGUCACCGAGUGGCUUGCAGAUCUUAAUUCGUUCUAAUAGGAUUAGCUCUUGCAAGCUGGGAAGCACAGGCAGCAUCUCAGCAUGUUGUAGUAUUCACUCCAAAACGUGUUUGUUCGCCUCAGGUUGCGAUUCUUAUUUUUUCCAUGAUAAUCAGAUCAUUAAUGGGGUGAUGUGUAGUAUUUCAAAAGUGUAGCUUCAAUUGGGUUAAAUGGGGCUGCUGGAUAAACUGUCAGGCUGGCUGGGCCUGAAGAAGAAGGAAGUCAAUGUUUUAUGUUUGGGACUGGACAACAGCGGCAAAACUACCAUCAUCAACCAAUUGAAACCAGCUAACCGUUCGAAUUGCUUAGGCCCAUUUUCAGAGGAGUGGAAACAUGUUAGUCAGACACCGGGACAAGACAUAGUUCCAACAAUUGGCUUCAACAUUGAAAAGUUCAAGAGUUCAAGCCUUUCCUUCACAGUAUUCGACAUGUCUGGCCAAAGCAAAUACAGAAAUCUGUGGGAGCACUAUUAUAAAGAAAGCCACGCCAUCAUUUUUGUUAUAGAUAGCAGUGACAAAUUGAGAAUGGUUGUUGCCAAAGAGGAGCUCGAUACCCUUCUCAACCACGGAGAUAUUUGCAGCAAAAAAGUACCCGUGUUGUUCUUCGCAAACAAGAUGGAUCUCCGUGACGCCAUGUCGUCCGUCAAGGUUUCCCAGACGUUGUGUUUGGAGAAUAUCAAAGACAAACCUUGGCACAUCUGUGCUAGCAAUGCUAUCGAAGGAGAUGGCCUGCAGGAGGGGAUGGACUGGCUCCAAGAACAAAUUGCACAGUCAUAUCAAAACCAUGACCAAGUGAAUGAAUGAAAUACCUGUGGAGACGGACAGUUGGAUACUCAACCUUUAAUUUGGAAUUAUAUUGAUGCAGCUCUUGCAACGUUUUCAAUUCAUGCCAUGACAAUUUUCAGUGAACAGUAUAAUUUGUACAAAAGAAUUUUGCUUAGGCUGACGUCAGCAUUUUUUUAAAUCCACCCAUCAAUUUUCUGUACCGCUUGUCAAACGUAAACAUGUUAUAGUAUGUAUCAAUAAAAAAAUGACACCAAAGACUCUUAUAAUACAACAACAAUAUCAGUACCAUCUUAGUAUUUACAAAAAUAACCUUUUUAAUUCAUGCAUUUUUACAUAUUUUUCCUUACGCACAAUAUUGUUGAUGAA